GAGUUAAUAUGUAAAUAUUAUACAGCUUUUCCAAGCUGUUUACAUAUUGCAAUCCGCAUUCGCGCUGUGCUUCUCCUGUUCAAUAUUAUCGCUUUUAUAUCUGUUUUUUGAGCAAAUAAACCAUGUUUGAAGUGCUUGGCCAUUUCGUCUUGUUUUUGGCGAUAUUCCAGGCAGUUUUUGCCGGCGAAAACGACCUCAAAUCUGGCACAAAACAUUCAAAAGAGAAGCUCUCUAUCUCUGUGAAAAUCAUCGAGGAGGAAGACUCCGCAAACGGCAGACGAGAAACCGAAGUUAUUGUGAAAUUGAACAUUACAAUCCAGGAAGACAGUGUCAGAAUUAAUGGGAAACUCACAGAACUAGAUGUUCUUACGAAGUACGACCUCACUGCUGAGAUUGUUUACUCUGCCAAAGAUGUUCGCAUUCUUCCUGUCAUAAUUCACGUAAUGGUGAUGAGAAAGGAGCUGGAAUCGGGACAUCAAUAUUUGAUCGAAGAACAAGUGCAAUUCAUUAAUGAAAAGCGAGUUGAACAAGUCGAUGUUCAGGUGCUGACAAUUCAUAUGGAUGUGAAUGGCAAAGAAUUCAGACGAACAAUUGCUGCGGUUAAGUUCGAGGAAUCAAACAUUAAAAAAGCUGAGUUGUCCAGAUACUGUGGAAAAAAUGACAAAAAGCCGAAAAGAUUUUUGGAUCCAUCUCUGCCAGACGAGAAAGGAUAUGGUCAUCAUCAUAAACAUCACCACGGCAAAAGCCUUUGUUCCAGUUUGGCGCGCGAGUUGCAAUUCUUGUCGGCUUGGCUCCUUGUCGUCUUGGCAUCCAUGAUGUGCUGUGCUAUGUGUUGCUGUCGCAAGAGCAAGAAAGCUUAUGAAAUCAGCAAGGGCAACGAGGAAUUUUGGUGGAUGAAAGCUGAGCCGUUGCCUGAAAAACUGGCCUUUGACGACAAAGAAGUGCUGAUUGCUUAA